GCAGCGGCUGUGAGACAAACACAAGCAGCGUACGCUCCGCUCCACUCCCCGAACCCCGCAGACAUGGACCUGGAGCGGCCCAUGCACCUCGCGCUCUUGCCCCCCAUGUAAAAGCUGCGCGGCCCCGACGACACGCGUCCCGAGAGAGAGGGAGAGGAGUGAAGAGGGAGGGUGGGGGGCAGGUUAUUUUAUCUCUCCGCGAGGCAUCACUGUGCACGAGAGAGAGCGCGAGAGACAGCGCGCGCGCGAGAGAGAGAGGCUCCAGGUGGGGGGCGGGCGGCGGGACAGAGGAAACACAGUCGUGACAGCAGAGGCCGUUCCAGGAUAUAGGGCAACACCUCCAUCAUCAUGGCGAGUGACUCUCCGGCCCGGAGUCUGGACGAAAUCGACCUGUCCGCUCUGAGGGAUCCUGCUGGCAUCUUUGAGCUGGUUGAGCUGGUGGGAAAUGGCACCUAUGGACAGGUGUACAAGGGUCGCCAUGUUAAGACAGGGCAGCUGGCAGCCAUCAAGGUCAUGGAUGUCACCGGGGAUGAGGAGGAGGAGAUUAAAGCGGAAAUCAACAUGCUGAAGAAGUACAGCCACCAUCGGAACAUCGCCACCUACUAUGGAGCGUUCAUCAAGAAAAACCCCCCUGGCAUAGAUGACCAGCUAUGGCUGGUCAUGGAGUUCUGUGGAGCCGGCUCAGUGACGGACUUGAUCAAGAACACCAAGGGGAACUCUCUAAAGGAGGAGUGGACCGCUUACAUCUGCAGAGAGAUCCUCCGGGGUCUGACUCAUCUCCAUCAGCACAAGGUCAUCCACCGAGACAUCAAGGGACAGAAUGUCCUGCUGACGGAGAAUGCAGAGGUCAAACUGGUGGACUUUGGCGUCUCGGCGCAGCUGGACAGGACAGUUGGUCGCAGGAACACAUUUAUCGGGACACCGUAUUGGAUGGCACCAGAGGUCAUCGCUUGUGACGAGAACCCUGACGCCACGUAUGACUUCAAGAGUGAUUUAUGGUCACUGGGAAUCACCGCGAUCGAGAUGGCUGAGGGAGCGCCACCGCUCUGUGACAUGCACCCGAUGAGGGCGCUCUUCCUCAUCCCGCGCAACCCUGCACCCAGGCUCAAGUCGAAGAAGUGGUCAAAGAAGUUCCAGUCGUUCAUAGAGAGCUGCCUGGUGAAGAGCCACAGCCAGAGACCCAGCACGGAGCAGCUGCUCAAGCAUCCGUUCAUCAGAGACCUGCCCAACGAGAGGCAGAUCCGCAUCCAGCUGAAGGACCACAUCGACCGCACCAAGAAGAAGAGAGGAGAGAGGGAUGAGACGGAGUACGAGUACAGCGGCAGCGAAGAGGAGGACGAAGAAAGAGAAAUGGGUGAACCGAGCUCCAUCAUCAACAUCCCCGGCGAGUCGACCUUGAGGCGGGACUUCCUGCGCCUCCAGCUGGCCAAUAAGGAGCGCUCCGAGGCGCAGAGGCGGCAGCAGCUGGAGCAGCAGCAGAACGAGGAGCACAAGCGCUUACUGCUGGCUGAGAGACAGAAACGCAUCGAGGAGCAGAAGGAGCAGAGGAGGCGGCUGGAGGAGCAGCAGCAGCGCGAACGUGAGCUGAGGAAACAGCAAGAGAGGGAACAGAGGAGGCGCUACGAGGAAAUGGAGCAGCUCCGCAGAGAGGAGGAGAGGAGGCAUGCCGAGAGAGAGCAGGAGUAUAUUCGUAGACAGCUGGAAGAGGAGCAGAGGCAGUUAGAGAUUCUCCAGCAGCAGCUACUACAGGAACAGGCGUUACUGCUGGAGUACAAGCGUAAGCAGAUCGAGGAGCAGCGGCAAGCGGAGCGGCUACAGAGGCAGCUCCAGCAGGAGAGAGCCUACCUGGUGUCUCUGCAACAGCAGCAGCAGCAGGAGGGAAGGCAAGCGGAGAAGAAACAGCUUUACCACUAUAAAGAUGUCAUCAAUCCUAAUGACAAGCCUGCAUGGGCUAAAGAGGUACCGAAGCAGCAGCAUGCUCAUGGUAACAUGCCCCAACUACGACAUCACCAGUCGUUCAAUCAACCGGCUUCUUCCCCUGGCUCUCAAGGCCAACCCAGAAAUCAAGCUCCUAGGCGAACACAGUCCCAUAGCCAGUCCCAUGGUCCUCCGCCCCUCUCUGCCCGACUCCCCAACAUAUGUGUUUACCCAGACCUCGAAAAAUCCCUAGAUCCAGGGCUGAAGCAGGAGAUAAGUCAGCAGGUCCGCGAGUUUAGGGCCCAGAGACUUAGUCAGAAGUGCAGUCCGGGGCCCUCCCAGAAACACACUCCUGCUGCUGGGCAAGGACCCACCAAAGGCCCUACUAAGAGCCAUAAUGAGCUUUCUAGUCAAGGAAAACCCAACCCAUCAAGUCCAGUACCCAACCUUAAUCCUCUGAGGGCCAGUAGUCACAUAGAGAAGAGUAGAGAAAGGUUUCUUUCCGGUCCCAUAAUAAUGGGAGCCACCCAGGGGCUAAUGUCUUCAGACCUACAGCCCAAGGCCCUUCAAUCUCAUCCUCAGCCCCCAGGACAAGUCCAGAGAUCGCAGUCUGAAACAAAUCAAGUUUCCAACCCUGCUGUGAAAUUGGUGGAGGAGCGGUCUAAGCUGAACAGGCAGAGCUCGCCAGCGCUGCAGCACAAAGUGUCCAACCGCAUCUCUGACCCCUCCCUCCCUCCCCGAUCCGAGUCCUUCAGCAGCGGGGGCAUGCAGCCUGCCCGCACCCCACCCAUUCACCGCUCCAUCGAACCACAGAUGGCUCAUCUGGUUCCAGUGAAGACCCACUCCAGCUCCAUGUCUGGCUCUCAGUCUCUGCAGGACCAGACGGGCUCAGCCCUGAGUGAGGGUGUGAGCGUAGUGUCCCCGCGGCCCGAGAUGCCUCGGCAAAACUCGGACCCCACGUCUGACAACCCCGGACCCCAGCUGCGCGUCACCGGCAGGGAGGAACGCGACCGGGAACGAGACAGGGAUCGGGACAGGAAUGCUUGGCUGAGAGAGGAGGACCUUCCACCAAAGGUCCCCCAAAGGACCACAUCCAUCUCCCCAGCUCUCGUCAGGAAGAACUCCCCGAACGGAGGAGCGGAUCUAGGCCCUCGCACAGGUUCACAGCUCAUACGGGCCAGUAACCCGGACCUGAGACGCUCUGAGCUCUCCUUAGAUGCCAUGCUGCAGCGAACCUCCUCCAACUCCUCCUCCUCCUCCUCCCCUUCGUCUCAGGGAGGCUCGGUCGAGAGAAGAGGUCAACCCAAGCAGGACUCGUCCCCUCCAGGAGCCAAUCAGGAGGCAAAGUCCAAACCAGAGGAGGGCCGUGAAUCAGCCAGACCCAGCCGACCUGCUAGCUAUAAGAAAGCCAUAGAUGAGGACCUAAGUGCACUGGCUAAAGAACUCCGAGAACUGAGGGUAGAGGAGGGCACCAGGCCCCCAGUCAAGGUGACCGACUAUUCGUCCUCGAGUGACGAGUCAGAGAGCAGCGACGACGACGGGGAGACGGUGGGUCACGACGGGACCGUUGCUGUUAGUGACAUCCCACGCAUCAUGCCAGCAGUGCAGAGCAGUGGCGAGUCUUAUGGAGGGCUGACGGAGGACUCCUUGGGAGAGGCCUAUAAUAGCUCCAAGGACAGCACUCAAGUGAUGAGAGAGGCGGAAGAGAGGAGGAGAGGAGGUCACACGGAGAGCAACGGCUUUGGAAGUCACGGCAACCACGGCAACCUCCCCGACCUGGUACAGCAGAGCCACUCCCCCUCAGCUACGCCCACCAGCGCCCUGCAGGAACUUAGCGACAUGGCAGAGUUUGGUAUUAGUGGCUCGAACACAUCCUUUACGCCAUUUGUUGAUACGCGCGUCUAUCAGACCUCCCCGAGUGAAAAUGACGAUGAUGACAACUCAGCGGCAGCCAUGUUUGCAAACGAGCUGCUGAGGCAGGAGCAGGCCAGACUAAACGAAGCCAGAAAGAUCUCCGUGGUCAACGUGAACCCGACCAACAUCCGCCCCCACAGCGACACGCCCGAGAUCCGCAAGUACAAGAAGCGCUUCAACUCUGAGAUCCUGUGCGCCGCACUCUGGGGCGUCAACUUACUGGUCGGGACGGAGAAUGGCUUGAUGCUGCUUGACCGCAGUGGACAGGGGAAAGUGUACAACCUCAUCACCAGGCGCCGCUUCCUGCAGAUGGACGUGCUGGAGGGUCUCAAUGUAUUAGUCACAAUAUCUGGGAAAAAGAACAAGUUGCGCGUCUACUACUUGUCCUGGCUGAGAAACCGAAUAUUACACAACGACCCUGAGGUGGAAAAGAAGCAGGGCUGGAUUACAGUGGGAGAGCUGGAGGGCUGUGUGCAUUAUAAAGUUGUAAAAUACGAGCGGAUCAAAUUUCUGGUUAUCGCUCUGAAGAACUCAGUGGAAAUCUACGCCUGGGCUCCCAAACCCUACCACAAGUUUAUGGCCUUCAAGUCCUUCACUGAGCUGCAGCACCGCCCCCAGCUGGUCGACUUGACGGUGGAGGAAGGUCAGCGGUUAAAAGUCAUCUACGGCUCCAGCGUGGGCUUCCACGUCGUCGACGUGGACUCGGGCAACCCUUACGACAUCUACAUCCCCUCACAUAUCCAGAGUCAGGUGACGCCCCACGCCAUCGUGGUGCUGCCCAAGACCGACGGGAUGGAGAUGCUGCUGUGUUACGAGGACGAGGGCGUCUACGUGAACACCUACGGUCGAAUCACAAAGGACGUGGUGCUUCAGUGGGGAGAGAUGCCUACCUCUGUUGCCUACAUUCAUUCCAACCAGAUUAUGGGCUGGGGUGAGAAAGCCAUAGAGAUCCGCUCUGUGGAAACGGGUCAUCUGGACGGCGUCUUUAUGCACAAGAGAGCCCAGAGACUCAAGUUCCUCUGCGAGCGGAACGACAAGGUGUUCUUUGCAUCGGUGCGUUCGGGAGGCAGCAGCCAAGUUUUCUUCAUGACUCUCAACAGAAACUCUAUGAUGAACUGGUGAUGGCUCCUCCCACUGUCCCCUCUUCUGACUCACCUUAGGCCCCACCCGCGGCACGUCACACACA